AUGGCGCGACCCAUGGGGUCAGUCCGUCUGAAGAAGGCCAACCCCAUCACCCUUCUUCUCGGUGCAAUCCUCAGCAUCUUCGUCAUUGGCUUCCUCGUCCUGCCCAUUGGGUCUUCGUCCUCCGACUCGGACUCCAAGAAACCCGCCAGCCCGGCCGUCCACCACCUCUCCCCACCGACAGCCCCCUACCGCAAGGUCGCCGAGGCAGACAGGAAACCGCCGCCUGUCGUUCGCUAUGACCUCAACAAUGUCACCAUCACGAGCGACCCCAUCGGCAACCGAGAGUCCAUCCUCAUCCUGACGCCCAUGGUGCGCUUCUACCAAGAGUACUGGAACAACCUCCUGCGCCUCGACUAUCCCCAUGAUCUCAUCACGCUAGGCUUCAUCCUGCCCAAGACCAAGGAGGGCAAUGCCGCGACAACGGCGCUGCAGGAGCAGAUCACCCGCACGCAGAAGCGCGGCCCCGAAAAGGAUCGUUUCAAGAGCAUCGUCAUCCUGCGCCAGGAUUUCGAGCCAGCCAUCACGUCGCAGGACGAGAGCGAGCGCCACAAGAUGCAGAACCAGAAGGGCCGCCGCGCCGUCAUGUCCAAGGCGCGCAACUCGCUCCUCUUCACGACGCUCGGGCCCCAGACGUCCUGGGUGCUCUGGCUCGACGCCGACAUCAUCGAGACACCGCCAACUCUGAUCCAGGACCUGGCCCGCCACGACAAGCCCGUCAUCGUCCCGAACUGCUUCCAGAAGUACGUGAACGCCGAGACGAAGAAGACGGAGGAGCGGGCCUACGACUUCAACAGCUGGCAGGACAGCGAGAUUGCGCAGAAGCUGGGUGCCGAGAUGGGCCGCGACGAUAUCCUGCUCGAGGGGUACAAGGACAUGCCGACGUACCGCUCGCUGAUGGCGUACAUGGGACAGGAGGGCAAGGAUGAGCAUUAUGAGAUUAUGCUGGAUGGGCGUUGGCGGCACGGCGUUUGCUCGUCAAGGCUGAUGUGCACCGGGAUGGCGCCAUGUUCCCGCCUUUCGCCUUUUAUCAUUUGA